AUGCCUCAUUAUAUUACGCUGGCUACAUGUGCGUUGAAUCAAUGGGCCCUUGAUUUUGAGGGCAAUAGAGACCGAAUUCUUGAAUCAAUUCUGGAAGCAAAAAGAAAAAAAGCAUCUUUAAGAGUGGGGCCAGAGUUGGAAAUUCCGGGAUAUGGUUGUUUAGACCACUUUCUGGAAAAUGAUGUUUACCUACAUUCAUGGGAAAUGUAUGCGUCAAUUCUGACAGAUGAUCGGACAUUUGGAAUUCUGCUUGAUAUUGGUAUGCCAAUAAUGCAUAGAAAUCGCAGAUACAACUGCCGUGUCCUGUCUUACAACGGUCAAAUCCUAUUAAUCCGCCCGAAAAUAGUUCUUGCGAAUGAUGGAAAUUAUCGGGAGAUGAGGUACUUCACCCCUUGGUUGAAAUCUCAAUAUGUUGAGGAGUAUAUUCUGCCUCGAAUGAUUCAAAGCAUAACGAAUCAAGUGACUGUUAGAUUUGGUGACGCGGUAAUAAGUACUUUGGAUACAUGUAUGGGGGCAGAGACUUGUGAAGAGCUAUUUACUCCUCAAGCCCCACACAUAUCCAUGGCAUUGGACGGAAUAGAGAUUAUCACUAAUUCGUCAGGAUCACAUCAUGAACUGCGAAAAUUGGACACGAGGAUGGCAAUGAUCACUGAAGCCACCAGAAAAUGUGGAGGCAUUUAUCUGUAUGCUAACCAAAAAGGUUGUGAUGGAGAUCGUUUGUACUAUGAUGGAUGUGCGCUGAUUGCAAUGAAUGGAAAGGUGGUUGCUCAGGGAUCUCAAUUCUCUUUGUUCGACGUUGAAGUCAUAACAGCAACUGUCGAUUUGGAGGAAGUAAGGGCCUACAGGGCACUGAUAUCCCAUGGGCUUCAGAGCCGGCUAACGCCAAAUUAUGAACGGAUUCAUGUUCCUGCAGAAUUAAGUCCCGACUCCAUGAACUUCGAUAUAGAAAUCAGUCCUUCGGUUCCACAGCAGUUGAAAUAUUAUAAACCCGAGGAGGAGAUCGCUUACGGGCCAGCAUGCUGGCUAUGGGAUUAUGUUCGUCGAAGCAAGGGCUCCGGGUUUUUCAUACCCUUGAGUGGAGGAAUUGAUAGCUGUGCAACAUCUGUUAUAGUGCAUUCUAUGUGCAAAUUAGUUGUGCAGGCUUGUAAGGAGGGGAAUCAUCAGGUGAUUGAAGAUGCGCAAGCAGUCGCAAAUAUGCCCCAAAGCUGGAUUCCAUCCUCACCUCAAGAUCUGGCAGGAAAGAUUUUUCAUACAUGCUAUAUGGGGACUAAGAACUCCUCAUCGGACACUAGAAGCAGAGCCAAAGAGCUCGCGGAAAAAAUAGGUUCUUACCAUGUUGAUUUGAAUAUGGACUCUCUUGUAUCAGCGACCAUCAGUUUGUUUGAAGUGACGACAGGAAAGAAGCCAGUGUUCAAGAUUUUUGGUGGGUCAAAUAUUGAGAACCUAGCCCUGCAAAACAUUCAAGCCCGGCUAAGAAUGGUACUCGCUUAUCUUUUUGCUCAGCUUUUGCCAUGGGUUAGGGGAAGGAACAACACAGGCGGCCUUCUGGUAUUAGGAUCUGCAAAUGUGGACGAACAGUUGAGGGGCUAUUUAACCAAGUACGAUUGCUCUUCUGCCGACAUCAAUCCAAUUGGUGGAAUAUCCAAAUCAGAUUUGAUUAGAUUCAUAAUCUGGGCCGAAAAAGAAUUUGAGCUUCCUGUGUUGAAAAGUUUUGUAGAUGCUACACCAACGGCUGAGCUUGAGCCGAUUACUGAUAGCCACGUCCAGUCGGACGAAGCAGAUAUGGGCUUUACUUACGAUGAAUUAAGCAUGUUUGGAAAAUUGCGGAAAGUGGAAAAAUGCGGACCCUAUUCCAUGUUUAUCAAGUUGUUACAUAUAUGGGGUGAUCAGAAAACUCCUGAAGAGACUGCUGAUAAGGUGAAAAACUUCUUCUGGUAUUAUAGUGUUAAUCGUCACAAGCAAACGGUUAGUACUCCAUCCUACCAUGCUGAGCAAUAUUCUCCGGACGAUAACCGGUUCGAUCUACGUCCAUUUCUGAUAGACCCGAAAUUUAGCUGGGCCCGCCAAAAGAUUGACGACGUUUUAUCAAAACUGAGAACGGAUGAAACACUUAGUACAAUGACAGUGGACUAA